AUGGGUUCCUCCACGUCUAGUGCUCUCGUGCUAGCAGCAGCGGUACUCCUAGCACUGACCUUAGCCCAGCAUGGCUCCCUCGCCGCAACCGUCGGACCCAGGGUCAUCGUCGUCGGCGCCGGCAUGUCCGGGAUCUCGGCGGCGAAGAGGCUGUCGGACGCCGGGAUAACCGACCUGCUGAUCCUGGAAGCGACGGACCACAUCGGCGGCCGGAUGCACAAGAAGAACUUCGCCGGCAUCAACGUCGAGGUUGGCGCCAACUGGGUGGAGGGCGUGAACGGCGGCAAGAUGAGCCCCAUCUGGCCCAUCGUCAACUCCACGCUCAAGCUCCGGAACUUCCGCUCCGACUUUGAUUACCUCGCCCAGAACGUCUACAAGGAGGACGGUGGCCUCUACGAUGAAGAUUAUGUUCAGAAGAGAAUUGACCGAGCGGAUGGUGUGGAAGAGCUCGGGGAGAAACUCUCUGGCACUUUGCACGCCAGUGGCAGGGACGACAUGUCUAUCCUUGCAAUGCAGCGCCUCAACGAUCACCAGCCGAACGGGCCGGCGACGCCGGUGGACAUGGUGGUAGACUACUACAAGUUCGACUACGAGUUCGCGGAGCCGCCGCGGGUGACCAGCCUGCAGAACGUCGUCCCUCUCUCGACCUUCAGCCACUUCGGCGACGACUUCCUCAAGACCGACAGGUCUGGAAAGAUCGUCGACCCGCGGCUGCAGCUCAACAAGGUGGUGCGAGAGAUCAGCUAUUCCCCGGGUGGCGUCACCGUGAAGACGGAGGACAACUCGGUGAAAAGGGCAGACUAUGUUAUGGUUUCUGCAAGCCUGGGUGUCCUGCAAUCCGCUCUCAUUCAGUUCAAGCCGCAGCUACCUGCAUGGAAGGUUACGGCGAUCUACCAAUUCGACAUGGCCGUGUACACCAAGAUCUUCCUUAAGUUCCCCAAGAAGUUCUGGCCUGAAGGGAAAGGGAGAGAGUUCUUCCUCUACGCGAGCAGCAGGAGAGGUUACUAUGGAGUGUGGCAGGAGUUUGAGAAGCAGUAUCCUGGUGCCAACGUCCUCCUUGUCACCGUGACCGACGAGGAGUCGAGGCGUAUUGAGCAGCAGUCGGACAACCAGACCAAGGCAGAGAUCAUGCAAGUGCUGAGGAAGAUGUUCCCCGGCAAGGACGUCCCGGAUGCCACCGACAUCCUUGUCCCGAGAUGGUGGUCUGACAGGUUCUACAAGGGCACCUUCUCCAAUUGGCCAAUUGGUGUCAACCGCUACGAAUACGACCAGCUUAGGGCACCGGUUGGAAGGGUAUACUUCACCGGUGAGCAUACCAGCGAGCACUACAAUGGCUAUGUCCAUGGCGCUUAUCUUUCAGGUAUCGACUCUGCUGAAAUUCUCAUCAACUGCGCCCAGAAAAAGAUGUGCAAGUACCAUGUCCAGGGCAAGUAUGACUAG